AGAACAUUGCAUUCAUUCCAGCAACCACUUCAAACUCCUAAUAAGGACCCUCCACCACGCACUCGACAUCCUUUUCGACAACCAUCAGCCAAGAAAAGAACCACCAAUGACUCCCCCCAAGAAAAACUUCCACGUCGCCAUCAUCGGCGGCGGCAUAGCCGGCGUCACGCUGGCCAUCGCGCUACACCACCGCAACAUCUCCGUCACCAUCUACGAGCAAGCGCACGCCUUCUCCGAAGUCGGCGCGGGCGUCUCCUUUAGUCCCAACGCGGUACAAGCCAUGAAGUUCUGCCACGACGGCAUCUACAACGCCUUCGAGAAGGUGUGCACGCGCAACCUUUGGCCUUCAAAACAGAAAGUGUGGUUCGACUACCUGGACGGCUACAACUUCAAGGGGCCCAACGACACCUCCACGGAACGGGGCCGCCAGGAUAUUGAGUUUACUAUCUCCAACAGCCUGGGACAGAACGGGGUGCACCGCGCGCACUUUUUGGAUGAGCUGAUCAAGCUCGUACCCCAAGAGAUCUGCCGCUUCAAGCGCCGCCUCGAGGAUAUCCACGAGCGCAUCCGCGACGGCAAGUUGAUUCUCAAGUUCGCCGACGGGUCCGAGGAAGAGGCCGAUGCGGUCAUCGGGUGCGAUGGGAUCAAGUCGCAGGUGCGCCAGAUUAUCGUCGGUGCUGACCAUCCGUCCGCGAAGCCCUCGUAUACGCACAAGUACGCCUACCGCGGUCUCGUGCCGAUGGAGAAAGCGGUUGAGGCGAUAGGGGAGGAGUUGGCCUCGAAUUCGUGUAUGCAUAUGGGCCCAGGAAGCCACAUGCUCACCUUCCCCGUCAACGGCGGCAAAACGCUCAACAUCGUCGCCUUCCACACCAACCCGGACGACUGGGCCGAAUAUCCCCACCUCACCCGCCAAGGCACGCGCGAAGAAGCCCUGCGUGACUUUGAAGGGUUCGGGCCAAACGUGACCAACCUGCUCAAGUUGACGGAAUCCGAUCUCAGUGUGUGGGCGAUCUUCGACCUCAACGACCACCCCGUCCCCACCUUCCACAAAGGCCGCCUCGUCAUCUCCGGCGACGCUGCGCACGCUACCUCGCCGCACCACGGCGCGGGAGCGGGCUUCUGUAUCGAGGACACGGCCGUGUUGGCCACGCUGCUGGCGGAUGAGCGUGUCUGCUCUCCCGCGGAUCUGACGGCGGCGUUUGCUGCCUUUGAUGCGAAUCGGCGUGAGCGGUCGCAGUGGUUGGUGCGGAGCUCGCGGUUCAUCGGGGACUGCUACGAGUGGCAGGCUGAGGGUGUGGGGCGGGAUUUCAAGAAGAUCGAGGAGGAGAUCAAUCGGCGGAAUGGGAUGAUUGCGAAUGUGGACAUCGCAGCGAUGGUGGAGGAGGCUAGGGGGGAGCUGGGGAGGCGGCUGGGGCAUAGAGCCUCGCUGUAG